UCCCAAUCAGCCUCUAGUCGCCUACAAUGGUCAUCUUGUAAUCUCGGUUUCUUUCAUCUUGUGACCACAUCUCUCCUCUCCACUCGCAACGUGCUGUCACCUUAUCCUCAGCCCCUGUCUCUGCCCUGACGAAAACGAACGGACACGUCUCCAGUUGCCUCCUUAUCGAUUAGUCCGGACUCCGUGCCGUAUACGUUCCUCCCCCCUCCCCCCCCCAUAGUAUCACCCCGACCAUUUGUUCUAGAUCCGGCCAUUGGUGUCCUUGAGUACAAUCUUGGAGUGCAGACAUUAUACCUCGCUUACACUCUCCACAACCAGCUCCAUCUUAGCUGGAUCGACCUCCCCAUCCACCACCUAUCCCCAACGACUCUCACAUACUCGCACAAUGGCUGUCCACUCCAUCCAAGAUCGCACGGGCGAGUUUCACGCCAUUUUAGGCCAAGCCCAGAAACGCUUAGCCUCCCACAAAGUCGGCCCUCAGCGCCAGGCGCUCCUGUCAGAUUCACAACGUCGACAAGCCAACGGGUCCGCAGAUGCACAGCAUCCGGGGAAGCGACGGUCGGAGUUUGCGCGGAGGGCCGUGGAGAUUGGACGCGGGAUCACGGCGACGACCGCCAAGUUGCAACGACUGGCUGAGUUGGCCAAGCGCAAGACACUCUUCGAUGACAGACCGGUCGAGAUCUCCGAGUUGACCUAUGUCAUCAAACAAGACCUCGCAUCCCUGAACCAGCAGAUCGCCUCGUUGCAAGCGCUCACUCUCUCCCAACAUCCCAAGAGCAAUCGCUCCAAGGCCGACCAGGAGGGCGAACACAAUGACAAUGUGGUUGUGAUGCUGCAAGGCAAACUGGCCGACGUCGGCGCCAACUUCAAGGACGUGCUCGAAGUGCGCACGAAGAACAUUCAAGCGUCGCGCUCCCGCACAGAGAACUUUGUCUCGUCGGUCUCGCAAAAGUCGCACACGGCCCUCGAUCCGCAGCGCUCCGAUUCCCCGCUAUACAACCCUUCCGGCCGUCGCACGCCGCAACCAGGCGGCGCCUCGGAUUUGCUGACCCUGGAACCCACCAACCCGUCGCCCCUGGGCCGACCGUCGAUACACUCGGACCAACAACUCCUCGUGAUGGAAGAAGCGCAGACCAAUAAUGCCUACAUCCAGGGCCGCGGCGAAGCCAUCGACGCCAUUGAGCGGACCAUCAGCGAGCUGGGCGGGAUCUUCGGGCAACUAGCCCAGAUGGUCAGCGAGCAAUCGGAAAUGAUCCAGCGCAUCGACGAGAACACUGAGGAUGUGGUGGACAACGUGCAGGGGGCGCAGCGCGAGCUGAUGAAAUACUGGACCCGAGUCUCGGGCAACCGCUGGCUCAUCGCGAAGAUGUUUGGCAUUCUAAUGAUCUUUUUCCUUCUCUGGGUGUUGAUAUCAGGAUAGACACGCCCUUUCCCUUUUCCUUCCAUUUCCCGCCCAUAUAAUGUAUUAAUAUCAGGUCCAUAUUCGUAUCUCGCUGUGCCUGAACGGAAUCAUGUAGCCCACUUCCCCCACCUUUUUUUUUUUAAUUUUCAGGGUGGUGUGCGUGUGUGCAUGCCUGUCGCAAUCGGCAGGUGUUGUUGUCGUUGUUAAACUCUUGCUUCUGUCCAAUAUCAUCAUUUUGGCCAUGGCUAGAUCUUCCCUGUGCAAAAUCUUUUAUUUUCUUCUUUUCUUUUGUCCCUUCGUUUGACUCAGGGCUUUGCUUCUACUACUACCCAGCCUGAGUUUCUCCUGUUUCGUUUCUUCAUGAUUUGAUUCGAUUGCUGAAUCAUCUUCUGCAUGACCUCUACGCAUAAUGUCACGAGUGUCUGUCUGUGUCUGUGUCUGUGUCGGUUGUUAGACUCAAUACCAUACCAAUACC